CAUCUUCUUCUCUUUCUUUCUCCUUCAGAUUUCCUCCCUCUUUCUUUUUAUCCUUCUCUUGCCUCAUCAUCAUCAUCAUCUUUCUUAGCCUCUGAAAAGGUAUGCAGGGUGCCCUUGUUAGCCCUGGCCUGGACCAGGCAAAUCUUUCUUCUCUCUCCUCUUUCCCGGUCAGGUUUUAUUCCCUCUCUCUUUAUCUACCUUUGCAUUUUCAUCAUCAUUCACUUCAAUCUUUCUCUUCUUCUCUUCUCUCCUCUUCUCUCUCUUUCUCUUCUAGUUACUUCCAUCAUCAUUUUUAAAUUGCUGAUUCUCUUCAUUUUCAACCAAUAUUCUUCUCAAGAUCCUCUCUUUCUCUCUGAUCAUAGUUAUAUUCUGGUUGAUUUGAUGGUUAUGAGGAGGAGGAGUAUAAUAGUGUUGAUAAUAAUCAUCGGUCUGAUGAUCAAGUUUAUCUGUUUCAUUCAAGUAAUUUUUUCAUUACCAUUGCAUCCAAUCAAUAGGCUCUUCAUCGUUUUUCAUGGUUUACUAUUGUCUUUUCAACGGUGGUCCCUUAUGGAUUCAAGUAAAACCACUUCUCAUGACAAAUGGAUGAAAUGCAUCAUUUUACUUGGUGUGAAAAAGCCAAUUUCUGAUGAAGUAUGUAAAAUCAUUGCUUUUCCUUUCCUCAGAUCUUUCAACUUUUCAAGAAACUUAAAGAUCAAUUAUAAAACUUCCGGUUAUUAACUUAAAGAUCAAAAAGCAACUUAUCAAUGGCUAUCACCUUUGCAGUUUGGAAAUGCCAGACACCAUAAAGAUCACAUAAAAGCAAGGCAUGAUUUAUCAAGUCGAAGCAAGAUGAAGGUUGAAACAAGCCCAUUUUAUUGGAAACAAUUCAAUUGGAAUGUCAUUUCAAGUGUAAACUCAUGUAAUAAUCCAUAGCUUGUAAGUUUUACACCUUAAAUUUUGUGACUCCUGAACUGGAUUACGGACAAUUUAAAAGAAACCAAAAGCCGUCUUAAUUGAGAUCACCACUCAUGAGUCCAAAGAGGAUAUACGAUGAUGCUCCAAAAUAUUUGGUCCCUCCAGAUGAUCCAACCUUAAUCCAAUCUAUCCAGGAAACUCGUGAUUUAUUGGAGAACCAUUUUAAUUCAGUGGAUUUAACCUCACUUUACUUACCUAAUGAUGUUGAUAAAUUACGUUCAUGUGAUUUUGAGGUUCGCCGCUAUUUAUUUCAAACAAAUUUAAAUGUUAACCAAGCCGUUCAAAUGAUCAAGGAUCGAUUAACAUGGAGAAAGGAGAUGUCAUUGGAUACUUUACGAUAUCAAAAAUUUCCAAUUGAAUUUUACCAAUCAGGUGGUAUUUUCGAGUUUAAGCAUGAUAAUGAUGGUGAUCCGGUUUUAUACGUCCGAAGCAAGUUCAAUGUUAACAUUGAAAUAUUGUCUAAACCUUUACGUCAAUUUUUAAUCUUCUUUAUGGAUCAAAUGGAUCAACGAUUUUCUCGGGAACGAUCUUGGGGAUUGGUAUUUGAUGCUCAAGGCUUUGGAUGGCACAAUAUUGACUUUGACUUUCUCCAUCUAAUUAUCAAGAUAUUGAAAUAUUACAUGCCCUGGUCGGUUAAAUAUGUCAUCAUCUACGAGAUUCCCUGGUUUCUUGAAUCAAUCUGGAAAGGAGUUCAACAUUUUAUACCCGAAGAUGGUAAACGUCUAAUCAGGGUUUACAAUAAGAAGACAAUCGGAGAAACAAUUGAUCCAAUGAACAUGCCUCAAGUUAUUGGUGGUUUAUCCAAAGAGAAUCACAUUUUCAUUCCUGAAGGAGUUGAACCAGCAACAGUUAUCGGUAAAAUUGAGCUUGGUUUAAAUGAUGAGGAAGUUAAUCGUAUUAAGAAACAUCUUGCCAAAUUGGAUAAAGAAAUGGGUGAAUUAAUUAAAGUAUGAAAGGAAAAUCAAGAAAAGGAUCAAUUUACUCUCGCAUUUCACUUGUUAACAAUUGUCUUAACUUAUUACAUUUACGUUUGCAAUUGGCUUUUUGCUGUUAUUCAACUCUCAUUUUAUUAAAACAUUUUCUCACACAAAAUGAAAGUAUCCUGACCAAUGACCACAAUAACUGAUGGUUUGACUUUUCAAAAUGAGUAGUCUGACCCAAGGUGAGGUUUCAUUCUGGUUUGGUCAACUUAAUACUUUUGUUUUUUUUCAAUGUUCAAAUAUUUUCAAACUCUUAUUUUAAUAGGUGUGGUGAAAAUUCAUCAAAUUUUGUGAGAAAACUUAAUAGUAACCAUGUAAUUAAUCAUAACUGAUAGUUUAAGGUUGAUUAUUUUUGCUCUCUUUUAUUGAAAAAAUGAACUUUGAUUCUGGUUUCUUUCAAAUCGCAUUGUCAAUUUUCAAAUCAAAUGAUGGUUAAGCAAGGUGUGUUGAUAUGAAAAUGAAAGCGCUUCACUUAACCACACACUAACCAAGAUAAAGCCAAUAUUUUGCAAUGGUUUUUCACAUAAAAAGACCGUUAAAGAUGUAAAACCAAAUCUGCUUUAAGCUCAGAGAUUAUCAUAUCACAAUAAUGAAUUGACAUUGAAGAGGCACAUAAAAACAGUGUUUAUGGUAAAUCAAAUGAUUUUGUCAUUUGAUCGUUUCAAUUAUCAGAAUUGUCCAAUUUGUGCUUGAUAUUUGCACUGAACAAAUGCAAAUAGGAUAUGAGAUUUGUGUCGAUACAAAAUAUUUCAUUACUUAAAGUCUGAUAGUUGAUUAGCUAAUCACAUUAUCAAUACAAUAUUGUGUUGAUACAGAAACGGAAAAUACGUGACAACAAUUCUAGCCAUGUUAACGCCGGUUCUGAUUACUUAUCAGCAAAACAAUUGAGACUUUUUCAUCACAUUCCCCUCUAUUUAAAGGGCUUUUUCACCACUUUUCAAACAUGGUCAGUAUGAACUUUCCAUUAUUAAGAGUUGGUUAGUAAGUGUUGGAUAUUCAUGAAAAAGGGACAAAAAUGGGAAAAAGUCAGUAUUGAAACAUUUUUUACAGAAGUUCAUUAGAAUUUAAUUUUAGCCAAUAAGUGGGAUGAUUUAGUGAGAAAUAUUCGCAAUCAAAGUCUGAUUGAAUUGUUUGGAUCAAUUUAUCCCAAUAUAAGAUACGAAAAUUAUUAGCAACUUGUUUUACGGGUCUUUGUUGUUAUGUACCUUGUUAGCCACUAACCUAUGAUUUGUUUCCCUUUCAACUUACUACAGAACCGUGAACAAUGAACGGAAAAUACUAGAAAUUUAGAUAAAUGGUUAUUUUUUUAAUCUAGUUGAAUUCAAAUUGUUCAAUGGAUCAAAUGAGAUUGAAUAGAUUAUCCACUUUUCUCUGGAUUGAAAUGAAGUUUUUUUUCAAAUCGUUUUUAGUUGCAGUUUGACUUUGACUUCAAUUCUGGGUCUUUAGUAAGAAAAGUGGACUAAAUUCAAUUCAGAAGUUGUUCAUGAUACUCGAUGCAUGUGUUCCAAGUUCCAUAUUUCGUUGAUUUAAUAGUGAAUAUAUUAAUUAUAGUUUGCUUGGGCAGAUUGUCCAUUGAAAACUAAGGUCUCCACAGUUGAUUAGCCAUUUUGAUGAGUCUUUGAUUUGUAAGUAAUUUUUGAAUGGUUUUAAACGUUGAAAGGAAUGAAAUAUCUAACCAUUUAAUGGAACCGUUGGGUGCAUGGAGUAUCUGAUUGGCCUUUGAGUGACUGAAUUAAUGAGAAAAUGGUUGAAUUACAAUUAAAUUUAAUUAAAAAAUAGAGAACCCUUAAAAGGAUAAAAAUUAUAUUCAUAAAUCUUAUCUUGCGCUAUCUGGUGAGCUUACAACUAAAUAAAUAUUUCACGCGAGAAAAGUAAUUGAAACUUGUUAGUGUGAUUAUGUUAAUUAAUUUUAUCCUAACUGUUUAUCAAAUUCAAAUUUAUUCAACAAGUUUAUUUAAACCUGAAAUGUUACAGUUUAAUGAGGUUCUAAUUUUUUCCAAAUUCAUUAGCAAUACUAUGAACAGUGUUCAUUGAACACUGUUGCUUUGGAUGGUGAUGAAAAAAGAAGUGUUUGUAAAUUGUCUUGGAGAUAUUUAUCCACUUACAAUGGAAAUCAAAGUUUACUUGGAAAUGGUUGAAAUUUUCAUAAUUACCAAUUUAAUCAAUUGGCUAACCAGACAUAAUCAUGGAAUAUGGAUUCUUCAUGAUUUGAAACGCUGACUAUUCACUGUCAAUCACACAGAGAAAGCAAUGCCAGAGAAGCUGCUCUAUGAUUAGAGGAGAUGAAAUGUGUAGCUCAUUCAUAAUCAUUUUCCGUUUUUUUUUGCCUGGAAAGAAAUCCAAUUUUAGCAUCACUUUAAAUCCACUCCCUAAAUCCUCAUGACUUUAAUUUCUUCUUCUUUCCUCGUCUUCCACCUCCUCAUGCUUAUCAACAUGAUCUUCGUCUUUAUUUUCAUAUACACAUCUGUAUGUUCAAUUGAUACACAUGAUAUAAACAAAAUUAUUUUUCUAUCUCAAGAUUGUUGACUUGUCUCUGACUCUCGCUAUUUGAAUUACAAUUAACUUCCUCAUCACGAUUCCAAAUAGCAUGUCAACUCCAACAACCAAACUCGAGGUGAAAUUGAAUCCAGAUUGUUGGCGAAUUAUUUGUGAUUUACUUGACUAUCGUUCACUUUUACGUUCUCGUCUGGUUUGCUCUUCUUGGUGUGAAAUGACAACUUCCAUCGUAUACACAACUAAAUCUUCACUGGCCAUUUUUGGUCCCAGUCCAGAGUCACAUCGUCGUCGAAGUCAAUUACCAAUUGGACGUGCAAACUGCAAUUUCAAUCAUCACCAAAUUCAUCCCAAUGAUCGUUUAACCAUUAAAUCCAUCAACAGUUGGUCUCAUUGGAGGUCUCACAGCGAUUCAAUGAUACAUUCUCUAAGCAACUUGUUGCCUUCACUUCGUGUUUUAAUGUUGGAUUGUUUUGGUUUUUGGCUGACAGCUGAUCAAUGGAGGCUACUGGGGAGUUCAUUGACAUUACUUGAACAUUUGAAUGUUCUUAAUUGUACUCGUUUAGACGAAAUUGUCCAUUUUAAAGGCCCACCAUCUUUAGUUCAUUUUGAAAUCCAUCAUUGCUUUUUUGUUGAUCCCAAAAAGAUGGACAAAUUUUUAAUUUCAAACCAGUCAAUCACAUCUUUAAUUUUCCAAGGCUCGGAAGACUUGGAAAUUAAUCUUACUUUUUGCCCAUCUCUCGUUAAUCAAUUGUCAUCAGUUUCUCUAAUUGGCUCGUAUUUGGGAACCACUUUCAUAACCAAUUUAACAUCAACCGUAAGAAGCAAUGCUACUUCAUCAUUGACUGUUCUUCGAGUCUCUUUUGUCACCAACAAGCAAUUGGCAUUAAUAUGUUCGGCAUUGGCUCAUUCAUUGCAAAUCUUUGAAUUCUGGUCUAAUAUCGUUGAGAUACGUAAUCUGAGUGAACUAACAUCUCUUCAACAAUUAACCUUUUCCUGCACUGGAACACGAUCUUCCAAUUUCAAUCAAGACUUGUCCCUGAUGACCCGAGGAACACCCGCUUUAGUGUGUUUAGCCAUAAAAUGUCCAUUCAUUGACGACACUUCAACUUCAAUCAUAUCAAUAAACUGUCCCUCAAUUGUUACAUUACGUUUAAUUGGGUGCAAUUUACGGGAAACAAGUUCUAUUUCUUUGAGACAUUUAACUCGACUCAAAUCAUUGGAAUUUAUUGAAAUAACAAAUACCAAGAUCGAUUGUACUGGUUUAAAUGAAUUCAUCGACAAGAUGAGCUCAACUCGUCUGCUCUCACUUCCAAAUAAUUUUAAUUUGUCGUCAAAUCAUCUCCAACAAUUAUCAUCUAAUUUGCUAAAAACUAGUGCGAUAAUAGAGAUCACAAUGGAUGGUCUUAACCCAGAAUCAUUCAAAAUGAUCAACCAACCCCAAUCAAAUAAACCACCUGAACGUAUUAUUAUCACUGGAGAAGCUAAUUAUGAGCGAUUUAAUUUUGUACUACCAAUGCCAAUGAUACCAAGAAUGUAAACAACCAACGGUGAUAAAUGUAAACAAUUAUAAACGAUAAAUUAUCAUUUUAUUUAACUAA